UUUGUUCUUUGUGAUUUUAUUAAAUUAAUGUGUAAUGUUUCACAUUAAAAAUCAGAUUUAGCAGAAAGUUUAAGCCAAAUAGUUGAACAUUAAAUGGUGGAUAUCAUUUGCAACUAUUUGUUCAUCUAAACUCUCUUUUGUCUGUUGCACUCCAGUGUUGGUUUUCCCCUCUUAUGUCCAGGAUGCUGGUCUCACGGACGGCAGUACAGCAGAACCUCAAGGAUAUUGGUUGUCUGUCUGUGGAUGUUUUUCUGACUGGUAAAAGGGAUGGCCUUCAAACAACUCUCAUCCUCCUCCUCACCUGCAGCUUCUCCAGCCUCCUGCUCAGCUCCCUGCUCCUCCUGUACCUCCUCUUCACGCUGCAUUAUGAGCUAGCUGUGGCUGGAGGGAUUGCUGGCUGCUUUGGGAUACUACUAACAGUUGCCCUCUUCCUAUCAAAGAGGAUGAGAUGCUUAGGAACUCUAUUUGUGAUCUCUGUUUUCAUGAAGAAGAGUCGGAACCUGCUCUUGACUGCUGGGACCAGUUUAGUGGUACUUAGAAAUAUCCGCAAUACCUUGGAGAACCUCACAGGCCUGGUCAAGGGUAUGAUUUGCAACCUGAAAGCCAAGAAAGCAGCCGUCAUUGCUCCAUUCCGUAACUAUGUGAAGAUGUUGAAUUGGAUAGGAUAUAUGCUGAAGGGAGUUACAGACUUAGGGGUUUUGAACCUUGACCCUCAGCUUAAGGUUUCACCCAGACUGGAAUCAGAACAAUUCAGGGAGAGACUCAGUGAAGCAGAGCAGAAGCUGAACGAAACUGUGAAGUACGUACAGUCUCUUAUGAACACAGUCUCCUCCGUGGCCGAAAGGUUGUUCCCUGCUAUUAGCUUCCUCGUGCUCAUGAUGUUUAUAGCCCUGCACAUAAAAAAAUUCUGCAAUGACAUGAAAUAUGAUAACAGAUUCAUCAGCAGCAGAUUUGUUCAUUUUGACGAGAAGCAGAAGGCGGAAGGAAAGCCCCACGUCCUGCCCCUCACGCCGGAGGAAGAGAAGCUGUACACCGCUGUCCCCUCCGUCCGUCCCACUACCAGAGAGGGGAGAGCCAUGCUGAAAUUUGGUGUUCCAGUUGUUUCCCAUUUUGUAGCGUGGGUCCUGUUUAUAACUCUUGAUGCCUUACUGUACUGUUGUAUUGAUAUUCUAACAACAAAGUUAUCAGAGCUGGAGCCAUUCCAUGUCCCGUUGUUAAUGAGCUUUAAAGUAAGUAUGUUAGUGAGUGCUUGUUUAUCUUCUCAGGAGAUUGCAACUUUAGUAGGUAUAACAUUUGGUGAGGAGACCCAUCAAAAAGACUUUUCCUACUCUGUGACUCUGUUUGAAAAGAAGUGUCUUCCUGAACCCAAGCUGCUGCUCUAUGACUCUGUAGCUCCUUUGGCUGCCAUCCUGCUCACCUUGCUCGUUAUGGGUCUGAUGGCUGCCAAAGUGGCCCAGCUCAGGCUGAUGGUCUGUGAGCGAUUCUUCUCCACAGCUGCCGAGGCGAGAGUGGAAUACCUGCAUGCCAAAAUCCUUAGGAAGAGGUUAAAAAGGAGGAUGUGCCUCCUCACAUCACUCUACUUAAAGCCACAUUUCUGGUGCCCUCUGCUCUUCAGGCCCAAAAAGGAUCCAUGAUGCUUGAUGUUUUUUGGCAAAUAAGAAAGCAAAUAGAUUCUGCACCUCAGUGAUCUCCUUAUUGCAGCGUUGUACAUAUUUUUAACUCAACUUUGAAAUACCCCAAACUCAAAAUCCCUCAAAACAGCAGGUAGUUUCUUUGGUAAUCAGUCUAUGUCUAUAAACGUCCUGUCAGUCAGAAAUCUCUGGUCAGAUCUCAACUACUUGCUUCAUCGGACGAAAACAAGGUCACAUCAUACUUCAGACCUGAUGUGACCAUGACUUGGACCACUAUUAGGCCUUCUGUUAUUUACUCUUUAUAUAAAUAAUAUUACUUUUCAAACUGAACGACUGAAUUUUUCUUUUGAUGAUACCAUCUAUACUGUAAACCUUCAGUCCACUUUGAUGACCUCCAGACCCCUUUUAUUCAUUUAAAGCUUGUUUUAAAGUCCAAAAAUACAAAAAGUGUUCAUUUCCAAAGUGCAGUCAGCUUUGAUGUUCACAGCUGAUCAUAGAAAUCAAAUGGAUACAGUGCAGUAUAGGGAGCUUUUUUCUUUUUCUUUUGCCUUUUCAGAAUUUGGAACCAUUAUACAAUCCACUGUGCUACUGCCACUGGAUUAUGGAGAUAUCAGUUACGGAAACAACUGAAUUAUUAUAACACUAGAUCAGACUAUGAUAAAUUUAAAAGUCCUACUAAUUCAGGGGUGGAAAAGCUAAGAUGUGAGUAUGCACCUUGUAACUGGAAUAAACUGAAAACGACUGGGUCUUUAAACUCAAACUAAAAGGGACUUUAAACUUCUAAUUUAUAAUAUUUGUGACUGUGUUAGCGUGUGUGUGUGUGAUUUUAUUUGUGAGUGAAUAGUGUCGUGAUCUUGUAUACGUGUUUUUUUAACUACAUGUAUAGAUACAGUAAUUUUCUAUACGAAUGAUUUUUUUUUUACAAUAAAUAUGUACUGCUCAGAGACAAUAUUUGU